AUGGCGCAUAACUAUAUUUUGCAAGUCACUGCUGGCUCGGAUUAUGACCCUCUGAGUCACAAGGUCGUGCCUGUCAACGAGUCGCAACAUAUCACGAUAGAAUCAGAGCACCUACACGCAGACCUAAACGUUCGAAUACAGUCGUAUCGCGGCCUCCCACGUUCCUCACCCUCCACCUCCCCUUACUUCGAUCUCCCUCCCCACGAUAAGAAUAAAGACCAAUACAGCAUAUCCUUUCAAUUCCAGCUCAAAUCCAACAUCAACGGCGAUGACCUCGUCUUCGGCAACGAUUUUGACCACCCCAUUCGCGAUCGGCUACCGCCUGGGUUCGGCACCGCGUUCAAGAUCGUGAAAUGGGUUGCUGAUCCUGGUCUGGAUGGCGAUGUAUAUGCAGAUAAGCCCUACCUUUAUGGGCCUGCAUUGAGCAGCUUCAAUGCUUUGCACGUUGGGGGCAAGGAGAUGGCGGAGAAUACACACGAGGCUGGACUGGUGUUUGAAGAGGGCGGUGCUGAGGAUGGCCUAGAGGUCAGGAAGGAGAACGGAAUUCCCGAAACGCAGGCUGGGAGGAAGAAGCACUUCCUGAAUGAGGAGAAUAGGAAGGGGUGGGAGUGGGAGGAGGGGAGGGUCUAUGGAUGUGAUUUCUUUAAUCCAUAUUUGGAUUUCAAUGAUUUUGCGCUGAGAUUGCCUGGCUUCACACUUCCAAUCAUGAAAUACUGGGAUGGCCAAGGGCUUCGGACAGAGCAAAAGCGCUCACAUACGCUCAGAUAUGUGCUCAAGAACCGCGCAACGGACGAGGUUCUCUUGGUUGUCCUCUUCGCCCUGUACCUCAAAGAAGAUGUUAGCGAGGAUGGGAAGAUCAAGAAUGGUAUUCAAGGAGCUAAACCCUUAUCGCUAAUGUCGCCUGAUGAGAGGGAGAGGUAUGAGAGGGCUGUGAAUGGGGAGCUGAGUGAUGCGGGCACAGAGAAGGAGAAGGAGAUGCCGCAAACGACUAAUGAUGAUGAUGUAGAUUGA